CGCGCCUUUUUUUCCCAGAGAACGGGACAAGCUAGACUUCCUGUUCCAUGGGUCAAAGUAGUACUCUGUGAUUGGUCGCCUGAUAGCCACGCCCACCGUUCCCUAGCGCUGCCAUUUCUCGUUCCUUCUAGCGAGUUAGCGGUGUUCUGUUCGCGUUUGUGAACCAUGGAGGCGCAGCAGCUGCAAGAGUUGCGACAGUUUGUCCAGUUGUGUAAGAGCGACCCAGCUAUCCUGCAUCGACCAGAGCUGCAGUUCUUCACAGAAUGGCUACUAAGCUUGGGAGCAUCUAUCCAACCCCCACCACCUAAUCAAUCCUUUAAGCAAACCAGCAAAGGGGCAACAGAAGAGAUAAAAGAGGAAAGGGUUCCAUCUCCAACUCCUGAACUACAGAGUGAAGAAAGUGACUUGGAGAUUGAUAAUGAAGGAGUUAUUGCACCAGAUGACGAGCCCCCUCAGGAGAUGGGAAAUGAUGACUUAGAGGUUACAGAGGAAAUGAUGGAUACAGCAAAUGAAAAGAAAGUAGAGGCAAUUAAUGCUCUAGAAGAUGGUGAUUUCCAGAAAGCCAUCGAUCUGCUAACAGAAGCCAUAAAAAUGAACCCACGGAUUGCCAUAUUGUAUGCAAAAAGAGCAAGUGUUUAUGUGAAGCUACAGAAGCCAAAUGCUGCAAUCCGUGACUGUGAUAAAGCUAUAGCCAUCAACCCUGACUCUGCUCAGCCAUAUAAAUGGAGAGGCAAAGCACACAGGCUCCUAGGACACUGGGAAGAAGCAGCCCAUGACCUGGCCAUAGCAUGUAAACUGGACUAUGAUGAAGACGCAAGUGCAAUGUUGAAAGAAGUGCAGCCACGUGCUUUAAAAAUUGCAGAACAUCGUAGAAAAUAUGAGCGCAAACAAGAGGAAAAGGUGGCCAAUGAAAGAAAAGAACAUGUAAGAAAAGCUAAAGAAGAACAUGAAAGAGCACAGCAGGAGGAAGAGGCCAGGCGUCAAGAAGGUGCCCAGUUUACAGGUUUCCCAGGAGGAAUUCCAGGGGGAUUUCCUGGUGGCUUUGCUGGGAUGCCAGGUGUUGGUGACAUUCUCUCUGACCCAGAAGUUUUGGCUGCAAUGCAGGAUCCUGAAGUCAUGGCUGCAUUUCAGGAUGUAGCUCAAAAUCCAGCUAACAUAUCAAAGUAUAACACCAACCCAAAAGUGAUGAAUUUGAUCAGCAAGCUAUCCAGUAAAUUUGGAGGCAGUGCAUAGAGUGCAAGAGCAUCUGGGACACAGCAGUGAAGAAAGAAGACCUCAUGGACUUUUUAUGUACACUUGGUGAUUUCUUUCCAUCUAAUAAUGCUUACGAAGUGGUUAUAAAAUGCUGUAUUGCAGAUACCAAGGGAUAUAUAAGGUGUAACAGUUGGCACAAUGUGUUUAAAAAAACAAUAGCGUACCUGUAUUUUUUUUAAUUUCCUGUAUGGGUUACUAUAAGAAUGUUAUCUGUCAGCAAUAUUUGAGAUGCAAUAAAAUAUACCAAUCU